CAUCACUGUCACUACGCAUCCAUCACGAGCAGCGCGCCUCUACGACACGCAAGGACGACGCGACGACAUCACCACAAGUACGCCGCUGCCGCCGACUACCCCACACCGUACCCGCACCCGCACCUACACCGAACCUGGCUUGGCCAAGCCCGCAAAGCCUGAAAGCCUGACCCAGAUCCGCAAUGUACAUCACAAUCUUCCCGUCCAACUUCCCCACCGGGGGGGUCAACAAGGCCGCGCACAAGUCGUCGGGGCGGAACUACCUCUUCUUUAAGAAUCCGUUGAGAGAUAGCAUGACCAUCUUCGGCGUCGUCCUCGUCUUCUUCUUCAUCGUAACCGCCGUCGUCAUCCUAUGCUCCAAGGCCGCGGAGCGCCGUUCCGCGCGCAACGUGACCGACACCUUCCUGUCAACCGAGGCCAAGUGGGCGGAGCACGCGCCCCUUCCGAGCAGCUAUGCGCCCAUGCCGCCGGCCAAGUCGUCGCCUGCGACGUUCGACGACGGCGCCAGCUCGUACUUUGACGACCGGAAGCCCCUGCGCGGCGCCGCGGCGCCAUACGCCAACCCGUUCGGCUCGUCCUCCGCGUCGCUGAGCUCGUUCCGCGCCCCGACGCAUACCAGCCCAACUGGCUCGCCGACGCACGCGGACCCCGGCUCCGCGGCGGGCCAGUACGCCAGCUCGUUUGCGAAUGUCGGCGCGAACGCGCCGCGCUACCCCGGCGGUAUUCCGCGCUCGGCAAGGAGCGGGGCGCGCGUGAGCCCGCCUAUUGGGGAGAGCCCGCUGGGCAGGCGGUAG